AUGACUGUCAACGGCCCCCCGGUUGGGACGACCUACCACCUAGGAAGUGGCAUGUCGACCGUCCUCAUCAUCGGCGCCGGCAACUUUGGCGCCGCCACGGCCCUAUCUCUGGCCAGAAAGGGCGGUGUCCGGGUCAUGCUGGUGGACACGGCAGGGUACCCCAACCCGCGAGCUGCCUCGCACGACAUCAACAAGAUCGUCCGCGACGACUACCCGGACACGCUGUACAUGCGGAUGCUCCUGAGGGCCAUGCCGCUGUGGCGCGAGAGCGAGCUGUACGGUCCCUGGUACCACGAGGUGGGCAUGCUGAGGGCCGACCCGUCCAGCUUCGGCACCAAGAGCAUGGCCGCCUACAGGGCGCUGGGCUGCGACAACGGGUCCGAGUACCUGCCCGUCGACGAGGUGCGCAGGCGGUGGAACGGCGUGUUUGCCACCUCCAACCUGGACGGCGUCGACAAGGUGCUGUACAACCCGUCGGUCGGCUACGCGGAGGCCGACAAGGCCCUCGGGGCCGUCGUCCAGGCCGCCGUCGACCUGGGCGUCGACUACAUCACCGGCGAGAUGUCGACCCUCAGCUUCGGCCCCGACGGCCGAUGCACCGGCGUCGACCUCGAGGACGGCAGGGCCCUCAGAGCCGACCAGAUCCUCAUGGCCACGGGGGCCCGCACCGCCGCCCUCCUCGCCCAGAGCGCCCCCGAGGACAAGACGCUCCACGUCGGCGACAGGCUGCUCGCCACCGGCGCCGUCAGCUUCUACGCCAAGGUCGACGGUCCCCAGAGGAAGAAGUUCGAGCCCAUCCCCGUCUUCAAGAGCUGUCUACCUCAGGUCAAGGGCGAGGGCAUGUCGAUACUCCCCGACGGCACCCUCAAGUUCAACUGCGACUUCUGCUUCACAAACUACACCAACUUCCCCGCCACCGGGGAGCGCAUGUCCACCGUCCCCGACAACUCCGUGUACAAUGUCUGGACCGGCCCCAACUUUCUCAAAUUCUUCGAGGACCGUGCGCGAAAGACGAUUGACGGUCUCUAUGGCGAUGAGGUCAAGGACGUUUCGGUUGACGCCUACCGGAUGUGCUGGGAUGCAUCGACGCCAACACACGACUUCCUCAUCACCCCUCACCCUCACUGCCGUAACCUCUACGUGGCGACGGGUGGCUCGUUCCACGGCUGGAAGUUCCUCCCCGUCAUUGGAGAUUAUGUGGUGGACAUGAUGCAGGGCACGCUACCGGAUGAGUACGCCGAUCGCUGGGCCUGGGACAAGAGGGGGGGCGAUGGGCAUUCGGCUAACCCGACCUACCAUAUCGUCGGGGACUUGCAAGAAUGGACAGGCAAGCUCAUCUGA